AUGCCGUGCGAGGGUGCCUUACGUACGGUUUCCACGUCCGUGACGUGUGCAUGCGCCGCGGCCAGCGACAUACAAGUCGUGGUGGAGAUCAACCCGUUUGUCGAUCGCGCGACCUUUCCUCCUCCGCGCCCCACGCUGAAGGCCCGCCCCCUGGCCAGCGGCGACAACGGCAAAGUCAACUUGACCCGUUCAAAGGCAAACUUUGCUCAGGCAGCUGAAGGCCCCCGUCAAAGGCCGGCGGCGCCGGGGGAGGGUCCAGCGCCCCCCUGCGUACAUCUCGACCGGAUGCGAUUUUGGGAUCUCCUCGCACAAAGCGCGGUCGAGGGCGUGCAUGUGCGUGUGCGUGGUCGUUCAAGUGCGGUGACGCGCAUUGACGGAGUCGAGCAUGGGGCGGCGCGUGGCGGCGGUCGAGCGUGGGCCGUUGGCGUAUGCCUGGUCAUGGUGCUCUGCGCGGGCUGGGGCUUCGCCCCGUCGCAGGCCGCUCGUCCAACGCGCCUCCCGCUGGCGGCCGAAGCCUGCCGGUUGGUGCCCGGCACCGACGCCUGCGUGCCCAUUGACGCCGUGGCGGCCGACGCGGUGAGGAGGUCCAGGGACAAGGAGCUGGCCGACCUCUACUUUGCGGUCGCGGCAUGUUCUGGCAAAACAGAGGCUGACACUUGCAAGGCAGACGGCAGAUGUGUAUGGGAUUCGGCGUCUUGCCUCUGCAGCGUGAGGGAGAUCAUGGAAAACUUACCGCUGUGCUACGACCUUCCCGACCCAGAGUACUCGAGCGCGGCCUCCGAGUGCCCUUCCGCCAAAUCCAAGCGCCAGUGCCGCCAGGUGGGGCCGUGCAGGUGGAAACGCGGGAGGUGCCAUGCCAAGCCCCUGAAGAAGGUUGACGCGGAAGACAAGCCCAGGGUGUGCGAACUGCAGAGCCGGAUAGGGGCGAGCCACUCUGUAGAAUGCGCCCUCCAUGCGACGGAAGAGGAGUGCGAGGGCACGAACGGGACGUGCUUCUGGGGUGAGCGGCUGCAGCCUGAAUGGAUGCGUUGGAUGGUGUUUCCAAGAUGA